AUGGCAUAUACGUGCAAAAGGUUAUCCGAGUCGAAGACCCUGCUGAUGUGUGAGACUUUGCAUGUUUCCUUGAGGGGCUUUAGCGAUGGUGGGUGUGGGGGGAAGGGCACCACAGCCUAUAAGCUUUCACAAGUGUUGGCCUGUGAAGAGACCCAGAUGGCCCGUGCUGAUCUGUCACCUCCUGAGCCUCUCAACUUGAUCCUUGGGGACCGCGACUACCAUCUUAAGACUUUUAAAUCUGUCCUUCCAGCCAGCAAGUUGGUGGACUGGCUCAUAGCUCAGGGUGACUGCUCCAAUAGGGAUGAGGCUGUCACACUUGGCGUGGGGCUCUGCAACAAUGGAUUCAUGCACCACGUCCUGGAAAAAAGCGAAUUCAAGGAUGAAUGGCAGUUUUUCCGUUUUUAUGCCGAUGAAGAAAUGGAAGGCAGUGGAACCAAAUGCAAACAACUGCGCAGUGACUUCCGGCUUAUUGAGAACAUCCUGGCCAAGUCUCUGUUGAUCCAUCCCCUGGAAGAAGGCUACGGCUUUGAGAUCGAGGAGAGAAACAAAGCCAUUGUGGUGAAGAGCGUUUCCAAAGGUUCUCAUGCUGAGAUGGCUGGGCUUGUUGCAGGCAGGAAGGUUUAUGCCAUCAAUGAAGAUCUGGUGUUUCUGAGGCCUUUCCAAGAAGUGGAGACCAUGAUCAAUCAGUCCUUCUGCAUCCGCCGAUCACUGAGGAUGUUGGUGUCGAUCAAAGGAAAAGAAAUUGUCAAAAUCCCCGAUCACCCAGAAGUGAUGUCUGUCAAGAUACGUGGAGCUUCUCCUCCUUACAUUCACAGCAUAAGAAAAGGAUCAGAGGCGAUUUCUGCAGGCCUUCAGCCAGGCCAGUGUGUCUUGAAAGUGAACGGCAACAGCGUGAACGGCGAGAGUGCCACCGAGGUCCUGGAUCACUUUACUGCACACCGUUCAAGUCAAGAUGAACCCAAGCCUACCUUGAACCAGUGGGUGUACCGGACCUUUGAAGACGCAGAGGAGGAGCAAACCUUGGGUCCCAGUGAGCCCUCUGUCAUGGAAGAGGACGACAGCAUUCAACCAGGGGCAGGGGAGUUGCCAUUGAUUACUCUGACGGUGGACAAUGUCCAUUUGGAGCACGGAGUCCUGUAUGAGUACUUCAAUACAGCUGGCAUCAAAACUCACGUUCUGGAAAAAAUUUUGGCGCCAAAAGGCUGCUUCAGCCUGACAGCCAAGAUCUUAGAAUCGUUUGCGGUUGACGAUGAGCACUUUGUGAACACCUGCCGACUCCUCAUUGGCAGCAGUGGUGCGCUGGUCUCCAUGCCUCAGUACGAGUUCCACAGCAUCUGUGAUACCAAACUGGAAGACAUUGGCAGGCGUAUCAUCAGCUACCAACAGUUUGCUCAGGAGCUGAAGAGCAAAGCCUGGCCAACCUUCAAGUCAGCUACAACAAAGAGUCAGCCACUGAGUAGUCUCGAUUUCUGCCCCACCAACUGCCACGUCAGUGUCAUGCAGGUGUCCCACCCUAAAACCUCUACCUCAGCGGGACGCGCCUUCAGCAUCCGGUUUGGACGCAAAAAUUCAUUCUUUGGAUUAGACCCCGAUCAGGCUAAUCUGAACCCGAUGUCCCACACACAGCACUGUAUCACCACCAUGGCAGCUCCCACCUUGACGUGCCAGCCAGCAGACAGUGACGAUUUAGAGUGUCCAAUGAGUCAGGAAGAAGGAGGGCUCAGUUUCCUACUCAAGCAGGAUAACCUGGAGACUCAGGAGGCCUACUUGAAGCUCUUUACCAAGAUGGACUUCGCCGUCAAAGAGAUGAAGCAAUAUGUUGCCCAGAUUGACGUCCUCCUCUCCUCGAUCACUGAGCCUACCCAGUCAGAAGAAUGUGAACCCCCUUCUUCAGAAGAAGCUCCAACCUCUGCUUUGGUGAGUGAAGAAGGAGACCUGGACAAGGCCGAGCAGGGCGGGAGCAAGCGGGUCUGCUUCAAAGUGUCUGAGGAUGACCAGGAGGAUUCUGGACAUGACACCAUGAGCUACAGGGAUUCGUACAGUGAAUGCAACAGCAAUCGGGACUCUGUGCUCUCAUACACCAGUGUGCGCAGUAACAGCUCCUACCUUGGCAGUGACGAGAUGGGAUCAGAUAAUGAGUUGCCGUGUGACAUGCGGAUUUCAUCUGACAAACAGGACAAACUGCAUGGCUGUCUGGAGCACCUCUUUAAUCAGGUCGAGUCCAUCAACUCUCUCCUCAGAGGCCCAGUUCUUAGCAAGGCAUUUGAAGAAACCAAGCACUUCUCAACGGAGAACAGCACACAAGAGCUUCGACACACCGAUGACUGGACAACAAAAUGCCGUACCAUCAUACACAAGAACAUUCAGGAGGACCCGUGGAAUCUUCCCAGCUCUAUCAAAACACUGGUGGAGAACCUGCAGAGUCUGGUGGAUAAUGGAAAGAAUCAGCUGCUUCUGGCGCUGCUGAAGUGCACGGAUACCAACCUGCAGCUGCGCAGAGAUGCCAUUUUCUGUCAGUGUCUGGUGGGCUCCAUGUGUGCCUUGUCCGAGCAGCUGCUGGCAGCCCUCAACCUUCGCUACAACAAUGGCGGUGAAUACGAUGAAGAGAGCAAGGAAGUGAGCAGGAAGUGGCUCGAGCAAAUCGCUACCAUUGGCGUGCUGCUCAGCUUUCAGUCCAUGUUGUCCCCGCACGUGAAAGAAGAACGCAUCAUGCUUGAAGACAUGAAGGUGGCGCUGCUGGACUUGAGUAAAGUUAGUAUCUGCUUUCGUCAGCUUGAAGACGAGUGGCGGGUUGCCAACACCUCAAUCUGUUACCAAGUCGAAGGGGGACGACAGGCUUUGAAGAUCAUCUUUUACCUGGACAGUUGCCACUUUGCUGAGCUGCCCACCAAGUUUCAGAACGGGGGUACUCUGAGGCUGCACACCGUGCUCUUCACCAGGGCUAUGGAGAAACAAGAAGCUUCUCCAGACGUUGCUGCCUCAGAGGAGUUUCAACAGCAGAUCAACGGGGCCUCGAUGGAAAGGCUGACGUCUUACUAUCGCAAGCUCAGGGGCUUUUACUUGGAGAGAUCGAAAUUAGCCACAGACUACAACACCACCGUUGUCAAAGUUGAUCAGCUACUGCGCCCCCUUAAUGCCAUGGAGGAAUUGUUCAACCUGAUGCAGUCAUACGUCGGUGUGAGGCAGGCCUCAACGGGAAAUACGAGCAGCCAGCCCCCUGGGAUCAGCCUGCUGCCGAUCUCCUCGGAGUUCUGUAACCGGCUGGGAGCGUGUCACAUAUCCUUGUGUGCAACGGGGAUGCAGAGGUGCAGCCUCAGCGUGUCUCUGGAGCAAACUAUGAUACUGGCGCGAAGUCACGGGCUGCAACCCCGCUGCAUCAUGCAGUCCACCGACAUUAUGAGGAAACAGGGUGCCAGAGUGGAAAUAACGGCCAAGAACUUGAAGGUGAUGGACCAGCUGCCUCCCAAUGCCCCCCGGCUCUUUCGUUUAUGCCUGCCCCCCGUGGAUGGAGAUUUGUGAAGGGGGCUACGGUGGACUUAGUAGUGAUAAGGAGAGGCGUCUUGGGGGGGCAGAUCGAGGCACACACGUCCUCUUCUGCUACGGCACUGAAGACGAGCCCGGCCCGGCCUGCAUCCGCUGUUGUGAUGCGCCAUUGGGUGGCGGGCGCCCAGAAGGCCUGGCCUUGGCCUGAAACACUUAGUAGUCCCCACUGGUGUCUGCAAAAUGCUUGACAUAUUUAUUUGGACUUUUAUUUAAUUUUAUUUUAGUGUUUUAUACUAGGAAGUAUUCUUAAACAACAUUCCAUUUAAAAAAAGAAAACACUGGAUAAAAGGAACAGGAAGAGAAAGACGGGAUGGGAUGAGCUCUCAGGUGGAUCUCGAGAGUUGAAGUUCACACCAAGACGUCACUGACAUUUUGUUUCUGCGCAGACCCUAACUGCUUGUCUGGUUUUGUUUAACGAGUUUGGACUGAUGGCAGGGGGUCCUUAACUUUAGUGUUCUGCUCUCAAAGGACGACAUCCUCGCCAUUGGCACACCAGGGAGGAGGAGGACACAAGUGCCCGCUGUUUUCCAUGUUUGCCACUUGUGCCCCGCCCUUUUUGGAGUUCGUGUUCACCUCGCACGCUCAUUUUUUUUUUUCCCCAUCCCGUUGGCCUCACUCAGUUCUCAUUCGUGUUUUGGUUUGUCAUGGCCCCGUUCUCACUGUUUUAGAUGUCAAAGUGAAGCGAGUUUGGAGAAGAGAGGACAGAACGGUGCGAGUGGAUGGCAUGCCAUCGUGCUUCGGUUUCCUCCCCUUCGAAGCCUCACGUGCCUUAGCAGGAUUUUAGCCGCGCACCAAGUGCCUCCUGCCAGCUGCCUUCUCUGCAGGACAUUUCAUUUCAAAAGGGGUAUGGAGGUUCUGGUAGCCAUGAUGUUUGCUACUGUACCCUACUGUUCACUUUUGCACGUCUUUAGCUUCAGGCGGAGUCUCAUCAUCUCGUUUUGGGGGCGAUGCAUUGUGUUGAUCCCUCAAGAGCUCUGCGCUGUCGAGUCCACGGCGUGGCGCCAUGUAGAUCAGUCGGGACUGAGUGGGCCGGCUGUACGCAUCAUCACUCUGGGGACCUCAAGAUGCUCUGUUUGACAUCCUCAUGGCCGUACUGUAUAAGGGUAUCUCUUCAGAAGUGACACCUCGGGGGACACGUCCGCCGAUUCGACGCUUAAGGGCAUUUCAGGACUUGCAUUUUACUUUUGUAAGGCCGCCUCCUUUUGCACAAGCACUGUGACUAACGGACUUUGUGUUGGAAACUUCAAAAUUCAGCGCGGCUCGCGUGGAGGCAGAGUCGGGAUUUUAGUUUUCUGGUUGCAGUAUUUCAUCACUAAAUAUGUUUGUAUGUUUUUGUUUUUUUUUUUCCCAUCAAUUGUUACCUUUUAUGUGCAUUCCUAAAUUUUAUUAUGUUCUAACAUGGACUUUUUAUUAUUAUUAUUUUAAUAUAAGACAUAUGGGGCAUUUCUUUGAGUCUCGUGGGUGCUGGCAGCCAUCGACACGACUGUCCGGCAGAGCACUUCUGACAAAGCCAGAAACGGAGCGGACGUGGGGGCUUCAGUAAGCGUCUUGUCUCGUUGUUGUAAAUAAGGUCGCCGCCCGUGUCUGUAGGCUUUGAUUUGCCCACUGAUGCUGUACAGAAAGUUUCUAUGUUUUCAAAACUUGUAACGUGUUAAGUUAACUUGGUUUGCUGGCUAAUAAAAAAUUUUAUUUAGAGA